UCAAACUCGAUAAAAAUGAAGUUUCUUUUUGCUUUACUUUCUUUGACUGUAAACCUUUGCUUGGCCGAAAAAAUCAGAUAUGAUGAUUACAAAGUCUACAGACUGAUUCCUAAUGACGUGGAGACUCUCAAAAUCCUCAAACAGAUGGAGGACACACAGCAUCUUUCUGAUUACAAUUUUUUUAGCCCUGUGGUCAAAGUAGGAGGUCCAGUUGAUGUUAUGGUACCACCCCACCAGGUUGAUUACAUAGAAAAUCUGGCCAAAUCUAGAGAGAUGAAUUCCAGUGUGGUGAUGCAAAAUGUACAAAAGCACAUCGACAACGAAGGUGUCAGGCCAGAAUCUAGAGCGGGAAGCUUCGAUUGGUCUAGCUAUCAUACGUACGAUGAGUACAACGCUUAUCUAACGUCUUUAGAAACAAGCUAUCCUAAUAUUGUUACUCUUCUUCGUGGUGGACAUACUUACGAAGGACGUGAAAUUCUAGGAGUUCAGGUAUCAUUCAGUUCAGCUAACCAAAACAAUGCUGUCUUCUUGGAAUCUUUAAUCCACCCAAGGGAAUGGAUCUCUGGUGCGGUGACUACGUACAUAUUAAAUGAAAUAUUGACGAGUACCGACUCCGAGUUCCGCAGUUUCGCUGAAAGCUACGACUGGUAUGUCUUCCCUGUGUACAACCCCGAUGGAUUUGUUUACACCCACACGAAUGAUCGUUUGUGGCGUAAAACAAGAACACCUUACACAGAUUCAUGCUUUGGCGUCGACGCAAACCGUAACUGGGGUUAUUAUUGGAAUACCGGGGGUACCAGUGACGAUCCCUGCUCGGAGGUCUACGGUGGUCCAACAGCCUUUUCGGAAACAUCGACAAAAUCUCUAUCCGAGUUCAUUUCCGCUAUUGGUAGCAGACUUGUAGCGUACAUCGGCUUCCACUCAUUCGCUCAGCUGAUAUUAAUACCUUACGGAUACACAGCUGACCACCUGGACAAUUACGAUGAAACCUAUCCAAUUGGACUCAAAGCAGCAGAGUCACUGGCAUCUCGUUAUGGAACCAGCUACAACGUUGGAAACGUUGCCGAAACUAUUUGUAAGUUUUAA